AUGGGUGGUGGUAGUGGGGACCAGAAGGACUGCGGGAGUACGCAGAGAAUGUCAAGGUGCGCCAUUGUUUGCAAUGGCUUUGAAAUAUACGAGAGGGACGACUGUGAAAACAGACCCAGAACUUUCCAUCCCACAAACACUUUCCUUUUCCUUCCCCCGCCCGCCUCGCUCUGCAGCUCCAAGCCGCGGGGCCGGCUGGGCUGCCUUGCUCACGAGGCUGCUCCGCUGUUGCCUUCACAGCAGUUGAAGCACCCCAACCUGGUCAACCUGCUGGAAGUCUUCCGGAGGAAGCGGAAGCUGCACUUGGUCUUCGAGUACUGCGACCGCACGGUGCUGCACGAGCUGGACAAGCACCCGCGGGGGGUCCCAGAGCAUCUCGUGAAGAGCAUAACGUGGCAGACUCUCCAAGCGGUAAACUUUUGCCACAAACACAACUGCAUCCAUCGGGACGUGAAGCCGGAAAACAUCCUAAUCACGAAGCACGCGGUCAUUAAACUGUGUGACUUUGGAUUUGCUCGCAUACUAACUGGACCUAGUGAUUAUUACACAGACUAUGUGGCUACCAGAUGGUACCGUUCUCCAGAGCUGCUUGUAGGAGAUACUCAAUAUGGCCCUCCGGUGGACGUCUGGGCAAUCGGCUGCGUCUUUGCCGAAUUGUUGUCAGGUGUCCCCUUGUGGCCGGGGAAAUCGGAUGUGGACCAGCUGUACCUGAUCAGGAGAACCUUGGGGGAUCUUAUUCCCAGGCAUCAGCAAGUAUUCAGCACCAAUCAGUUCUUCAGUGGGGUGCGAAUUCCCGAUCCGGAGGACAAGGAGCCACUAGAACUGAAAUUCCCUAACAUUUCAUACCCUGCUCUAGGACUAAUGAAGGGCUGCCUGCAUAUGGACCCGGCAGAGCGGCUCACGUGUGAACAGUUACUGCAACACCCGUACUUCGACAGCACGAGAGAAGCCGGAGAUUUGGGCAAGGAGCAAGAAAAGGCCACUCGGAAGCCAGCCAGACCUCCUCGUAAGCACGUGCCAGGGUUACAGCACCUGCCUCAGUUAACCAGCAGCAACAUUUUACCAGCUUUGGAUAACAAGAAGUACUGCGGCAACACAAGAAAAUUAAACUACCACCUCCCCAACAUCUAACACGCCGGCAAGUCGCUUCUAAGACAGAACUAUUUAUUGUUCAAAGCGCAAGCCUUCAGCAAUUUCUGAAAGGAAGAUUUAGGGUGGAAAACUGAUGUAAAUUUUACAAUAGACACGUAAGUGAGCUCUGAAUUUAGUUUAUGGUGGGUCGCCAGUAGAAGGAGACCCCUGCACAGACAGCUCGGAGCUGCACGCUAAUCGGUAGUCUAUGCGUAAAGGAGAAAGACCGGUGGUUUGGUUUGGUUUGGUCUUUUUGUGGUUCAGCGUUACCCAAGAACCACGGCUUACAGUGCGUAACUUUAAUAAACCACAUCGACUGCUGGUAUUCAGGACUUUGCAGUAAAAUCACAAGCAAGCCAAACAAAUUGGUUUGUUUGUCCCAUUGUGUGAAAGCAUUAAAAAUAAUAAGAAAAACUAGACUGUAUGUUACACGGCACAAAAGAGUCGAUCCUGAAGCACUGAGGUAUACGCACCAUUUUAUUCCUGUGAGCAGGCCCAGCAUAGGCACUUUCUGUAAGUCAAACUACUUGUGUGAGUUUGUAGGAAUAGGCCUGGAGGUCGUUCAUGUAAUUGGAGCUAUCCCGCCUGUGGCUCAACUGAGUGAAAUAUAAAUAGUUUUCUAGUCCAAGUAAGGUAUUGGGAACCAUUAGCAAAGGCUAAUACAGCUAGAAUGGAAUGCCCAAACACUACAGCAUUGUCACUGAUAUGGGGAGAAGGGGACACACUCUUUUUUAGUAAAACCUUGCAGUUGCUUUAGAUUAUGUUUUUAGGUUUGCUCUGCCGUUCUCUUUCUGGCAUUACCAAGUGUUCACUUUUACAUGGUCAGUACCAGAAACUGCUCACCUGUGGUUUGUAAUAUUGGAAAGGAGCAGGCAGGAAGGCCUCCUCAAUAUCUAUCCUAGGCUAAAUCUUCAUUUCUUUGUGUACUGUCAGGCUGGUAAUACUUGAGUGGUUUUGAAUAAAAUCAACGUAGCGCACCUUUCUAUGUGUGUGUCAGUGUUUGACAACGGUGUCUUUAAAACCAUCUGCGGACACCCUGUUAUUCCUUUUUAGAAACCUUUCCUUGUUUUUUAGUUAGUCUCUGACCCAGAUAUCCUCCCUACUUCAUUCCUUCUGGCCUCAUAGCUCGUUAUUUUUAAAACCUGCCUUCUACUUGCUAGUCAGGGCUGUCCUGUAAGCUGACUUUAAUUCUUUAAUUUCAUGUAUUUAUCCUAAAAUAAAUACCAGAUAUGCUUUGCUGAGCCCACAGCCACCAAGACAUAGGUCCAAGUCUCUUGGGCCGUGUCUAGACUGGCAAGUUUUUCUGCAAAAACAGCUGCUUUUGUGGAAA